AUGUCUAUUCUGAACUCUGGAGUUUGGUUGCUCAAAAGCAGCGGCGAGUUUGUCGCCAAGGAGGCUCCAUUCUCUCGUGCUGGUGGCGAUGAAAUUGUGAUCCAGAAUAAAGCUGUUGCCAUCAAUCUGAUGGACUGGAAGUUCCAGAUUUUCAGGCCCCACCUCCCGUUUCCCAAGCACUAUCCGUUCAUGCGAGAGGGCUAUGGAAUAGGCAGAAACGUGACGGCCUUUAAGAAGGGUGAUCGUGCUGUUGGGGAAACAAAUUGGUUCCUUACAAACGACACCAGAGACAGUGCCUUUCAGAACUACAGCAUUUGCAAGACCUCCGUUUGUCCUCUCACACUCUCCACGGCUGCCAUGGGUCUCUGCCCAACUAGGCGCUUGGAAAUCUCGUUACUCCAGACAACUAAGCCAAAUUUAAUCCAUCAAGUCGUGUUGAUUUGGAGUGGCUCCUCAAGUACCGGUAGUGCUGCAAUCGAGUUGACUGUUACGUCAGAGUUUGUAAAGAGACUUGGGGCCACUGCUGUGCUUGAUUACGAUAAUGAAAGCAUUGCCCAAGAUCUGGUCCAAACUAUCAAGGAGACUUUUGGUGAAUUUGUCGGCGCGCUGGACACCGUUGGUGAAGAAAUGACCUGGAGAGGUUGUGCUGAGGUAGUCAAAGGUCUUGGUGGUGACCGCGUUGGCAGCAACCUAUCUGCCGGAUUUAUGAAUGUACCCGAUGGUGUCGAAGUUGUGGGUGUAAACUAUACCGCUCAUUUACUGAACAAUAAGGAGAUAGUUGAAGGUGUUUGGGGCCACUUCGUCCCAGAAUCCCUCAAGAAUGGAAGCUUAAAGCCUGCCUCUAACCCACAGGCCAUUGGAAAGGGGUUGGAAAAGAUCCCCGAGGGCGUUGCUUUAUGCCAAUCGGAAAUAUCAGCUGGAAACGCUGUGGUUACUUUGUAG